AAGGAUGUUGAUGAUGGUGAUGUUCCUGCCUCGGGCAGGCUGUCUCUCAAGAUAAAUAGUCUUAACAAGGGUUACAUAUAGUUUUGCCUCCUCCAUGGUGGCGGGAUUAUGUCAUUCUGUAUAACAUGGGACAUACAGUAUAGGGCUGAGUGACUGUAAUGUUACUUCAAUUUUUGAUAUGACUCCGUGUCCAUGCACACAUGCUGUACCAAGAUCUUCUCUGACUUCAAAUUUGUGUUGGAAUAAACAUAUUUUCAAGAAAGGACAACUAGUGCCUAGUCCACACAUACAGUACAGAACAAGUAUUCUUGUUCACUAAUAAUUGAUCUUUCGAACUCUUUCCAGGGUGAAAAUUUACCGAAACUCUAUUUCCAGUGUUGAGGCGUAGACAGCAAAAACAUAGAUUUUGUCUUGUAACGUCAGAGUGUGAGCCGUUAUCUCUUUUGUCACAAAUGAGGCGAUAGUUCGUGCAGUGGCGGACAUGGCUAAAAUAGUGCUAACCGCUUACCGUACAGGACUUUUUACAUGUUUAUCAGGGGUGUCGCAUUGGGAGUGGAAAUGGGACUGAGUACCCAGGGCCCUCAUGUAGGAGAGUCAAAAAAAGAUGCUAGAAUGAAUAGCUGUGGAUGCAGGGAGGGGCCCAGAAUUUUGUGUUACGCCCCUGAUGUUUACACAUAAUGUACUGUUAAUUUUCCACUAUAUUGAGGAACCGAGGUGUCGGAGUGUUCCAUUGCUGCCAUGUCGCCUUCUGGUACGCUUCCUGGAGCAGCAGAACAAGAUGCUUGAGACCAAGCUGGAGCUGCUGCAGGGCCAGGGGGUGGGCCGGUCCAACGUGGAGCCCCUGUUUGAGGCCUACAUGGCGGGGCUGAGGCGCCAGAUGGACCUGGUCAACAACGACAAGACCAAAUUGGACGGGGAGCUGAGGAACAUGCAGGGCCUGGUGGAGGACUACAAACACAAAUAUGAGGACGAGAUUAACAAGAGAAACAACCUGGAGAACGACUUUGUAAUCCUAAAGAAGGAUGUCGACUCGGCCUACCUGGUGAAGGCCGAUCUGGAGGAUAAGGUGGGAGCUCUGACGGAUGAAAUCAACUUCCUGCGCAACGUCUAUGAGGAGGAGCUGCGUGAGCUGCAGGCCAGCAUUAAAGACACAUCGGUGGUGGUGCAGAUGGACAACAGUCGCAGCCUGAACAUGGAGCAGAUUGUAGCUGAGGUCAAAGCCCAGUACGAGGAGAUCGCAGCCCGCAGCCGAGAGGAGGCCGAGGCCUGGUACAAGACCAAAUUCGACCAGAUGUCGGUGCAGGCGAGUCAGUACGGAGACGAGCUCCGCGUGGUGAAGGGAGAGGUGGCCGAGGUCAACCGCUUGAUCAGCCGGCUGCAGAGCGAGAUCGAGGCUGUCAAGGCUCAGCGUGGCAAUCUGGAGAACCAGCUGGGUGAGGCCGAGGAGCGCGGAGAGCUGGCUGUGAAAGAAGCCAAGGCCCGGACCAGAGACCUGGAGGACGCUCUGCAGAGGGCCAAACAAGACAUGGCCAGACAGCUCCGAGAGUACCAGGACCUGAUGAACCUUAAACUGGCUCUGGACAUUGAGAUCGCCACCUACAGGAAGCUGCUGGAGGGAGAGGAGGACAGAAUUGGACAUCAGUCCAUCCUCAACAUCCAGACCAUCUCCAACUACAGCACUAAAAGUACUAAUGGCUACCACAGCAACAGCUGCUCUCCUGCUCCAAAACUGCUGAUAAAGACAACUGAGACCAGAGAUCACUCUCACAGAUACAGCAGUCACUGAGAGGACACACACAGCAUGCAGGCAGUGGUGGGAUGUAACUAAAUACAUUUACUCAAGUACUGUACAAUAGUACAACUUUGAGCUACUUUACUUUUCAUGCUACUUUAGACUUCUACUCCACUACAUUUCAGAGAGAAAUAUUGUACUUUUUACUCCACUACAUGUAACCGACUCUAAGGAAGGUGUAUUAAUAAGGUAACCUCUUCAGAGCUUUAUUUUCUUAGUUUCCUCUUUUCAUAUUAUGAGUCCUUUAUUUUGGCGCCUCAUAGCGGAACAUUAAUCUUGCAUCUAAAGGGGGACGGGGGGGACUAGUUUUGUGAGACACACUACAUUCAUCUUGACAGCUUUAGAUAGUAAUUCUAAAUAAUGACAACAAAACUGUCGGCACAUCCACAUGAUACAAGCCUUCCAUUUUCACUGCAGGACUUUUACUUUAUAUGUAUUUUUAGUUUUGUAUUAGUACUUUUAUUUUCUCCACCACUGCAUGCAUGUACUACUGUACACGAUUAUACACCCACAAGAAACAUGUGGAUACGCACACACACACACACACACACACACACACACACACACACACACACA